UUGUUUUUGUAGAACACGGAACGACAACGUCGAAAGUCAAUCCGUUGCUAUGACAACGUACGGAGGCCCACUAGGAAACGAAGGGCUAAAAGAGCGAAGACUAGGCUGUCUAGGAUCCUGGUGUGUCCCGGUCCACCAUGAGUCUGGACACGGCGGAGCUCUGCGAGUCCCUGUUCAGCUGGGUGAGUCCCCGUCCGGCUGGCUUCAGACGUUUCAUGUGCCAUCAUGUACGAGCAAACAUGACCUCACCAAUGGGGUUGCCAUUGCCUACGUUCUGCACAAAAUAGACCCGUUCUGGUUUAACGAGGCGUGGUUGGGGAGGAUAAAGGAGGAGAGCGCAGACAACUGGAGACUCAAGGUCAGCAACCUAAAGAAGAUUCUGCAGUGUGUGAUGGAGUAUUACCAUGACGUGCUGGGGCAGCAGGUAGCGGGCGAGCAUGUUCCGGAAGUUUCUCUGAUCGGCGAGCUGGGCGACGUGACGGAGCUGGGCCGAAUGCUGCAGCUGGUGCUGGGGUGUGCUGUGAGCUGUGAGAAGAAGGAAGAAUACAUUCAGCAGAUCAUGACCCUGGAGGAGUCUGUCCAGCACGUCGUCAUGACUGCCAUCCAGGAGCUGCUCACCAAAGAGCCUACGGAGACCGGGAGUCCGGACACAUACGGAGACUUUGACUACCAGUCCAGGAAGUAUUAUUUUCUGAGCGAAGAUUUGGAGGAGCAGGAGGGAAUAGACCAGCGUUGUCGACAGCUGGAGCAGCAGCUGUCCAUGCUGAUGGAGGAGAAGUCCUCGUUACAGGCGGAGCUACAGUCCCUGAAGCAGAGGCUGCAUGUCUGUGAGUCUCAAGACGCCUCCACCACCAUCACAGGCAAAAAACUGCUGCUGCUGCAGAACCAGAUGGAGCAGCUGCAGGAGGAGAACUACAGACUGGAGAACAGUCGUGAUGACCUGCGUGUGCGGGGCGAGGUUCUGGAGAGGGAGAUGUUGGAGCUUCAGCAACGCAACGAGGAGCUCACCAGCCUCGCUCAGGACGCCCAGGCCCUCAGAGAUGAGAUGGAUGUCCUUCGACACUCCUCGGACCGCGUGGGUCAUCUGGAGGCCCUGGUGCAGACGUAUAAGCGGAAGCUGGAAGACCUGGGCGACCUGCGGCGGCAGGUACGCCUUCUCGAGGAGCGCAACACCGUCUACAUGCAGCGCACGUGCGAGCUGGAGGAGGAGCUACGGCGAGCUAACGCGGGGCGCACGCAGCUGGACUCCUACAGGAGGCAGGUUCACGAGCUGCAUGCCAAGCACACGUCAGAGGCCAUGAAGGCUGAGAAAUGGCAGUUUGAGUAUAAAAACCUCAACGACAAGUACGAAGCACUGCUGAAGGAGAAGGAGAGGUUACUGUCAGAGCGGGACACACUACGGGAAACCAAUGAGGAACUUCGCUGUGUUCAGGUCCAUCAACAAUGCCUCAGCCAAGCAGCGUCUGUGGGUUCUGACACUGAAGCACUGAGCAACCUAGCCUCUGAGAUCAUGCCCAUGGAAUUCAAGGAGACAGUGUUGCGGCUGCAGCAUGAGAAUAAGAUGCUGUGUGCCCAGGAGGAGAGGUAUAGGCAGAGACUUGGGGAGACGCAGGUGUUGCUGGAGGAGGCUCAGCGCAGCCAAAACGCACUGCAGACACAGAACAGGCUAAACCAGCAGCAGAUAGCUCAGUUAAGUUCUCAGGUGGAGGAGCUACAGAAAGCUCUGCAGGAGCAGGACCAAAAAGCUGAGAAUACCAUCUCUUCCCUGCUACAGAAGAAACUGGAGGAGCAUCUGGAGAAGCUGCAUGAGGCUCACUCGGACCUGCAGAGGAAGCGAGAAGUCAUCGAUGACCUGGAGCCCAGCGCCAACAGUGACAUGGCGAAGAAGAUCGAUGAACUGCAAGCAAUUGUGAGGAAGAAGGACGAGGACAUGAGACAGAUGGAGGAGAGAUGCAAGCACUAUGUGGAGAAGGCUCGGACCGUGAUAAAGACACUAGACCGCAAGCAGAAGCCCCAUGCUGUUCCUACUGAAAUUCAAGCUCUGCAGAACCAGUUGUCUGAGAGGGACAGAAAGAUCCAGCACCUGGAGCAUGACUUUGAGAAGACCCGGUCAAGACACGAGCAGGAGGAGAAACUGAUCAUCAGUGCCUGGUACAACAUGGGUAUGGCUCUUCAGCAGAAGGUGACCGGUGAGCGUAACAGUUCUCCAGGCCAGGCUCAGUCCUUCCUAGCCCAGCAGAGACAGUCCACGCAGGCACGCAGGAGUCUGACCUUACGCCUCCCGCCAAGAUAACACCCACGCAGAGAGGGCGUGAGUCAGGGACACGCCGGGACUGGUGCACCCCCCCGUCCCUCCUCUGCUGUGACGCCCUCUGUACUCUGUGGGUGAACUGACCACACUACUGCCCCCCAGAGGCCAAUGCUGGAAAGGCUUUUGUUUUGUUUACUGCUGGCCUCCUGGAGUUUUUGGAUGAGGUUUAAGGCUGCUGGAUUCUUGGUGUGGUACCUGCUCUCAGUGCAGAUGGGCUUUGGGACUGAGGACAAGCCCACAUGGAGAACGACUGGAACCUGCAGACCUGCUGGCAUUCUCUCCUCCUUCUGCUUUUACUUUUGACUGGGUAGCUGAAAUAGGUUUUGAAACACGGUAAGCAGGGUUUGUUUUAAAGGGCUUCCAUCUGUUUUGGGGGGGGGGGUUGUUUUUUGUUUUUUUGCUGUGUCCCCCCCCCCCCCUCCUCCGUCUACUCAUCACUGAGGCAAUAUGAUGACGGCCAUCACCUUACCCGUCGCCUUAAGCAGGAAUCCCCUAGAUUCCCACGUGGCUCGCUUGUGGUUUAGUUUGUGCUUCCUCAGACUUCUGAGUUCUUUUGAAUGCAGCUAUUUUUCAUUUUAAUGCUCUUUCUCUUUAUAUUUUUGAUGUUUUUAUCCUUUUUUUCUUUCUCUGCUUUUAGCUAGCAUUAUGUACGAGUAACACUUACUUUCAAAUGAUGUUUUAGCACCUUAAGACCCUACGUAAUGGAUGUAGGUGUAGCAGGCCUUAGUAUCUUUCAGUUUCUCAUGAUCCUGUUUGUGUGUGUGGGUUUUGUUUUUGUUUUUUUGUUUUUUGUUUUCCAGUCAGUAAUUUUUAAUAGAUGUCACUCAUAACGAGACGCUGUGUAAACACACUCCCCCAGUCUGGACUGGGAAUCUGUGCUGCUGGAGACUUGGGCAAGGCCUGUAUCUCGUCGGCGUUACCCCUGAGAAUGCGGGGACUUCAAUGCACUUUCACUAAUUUAAUUAUUAGUUGUCUCUCAAACUUUUCAGUUGCUUGUAUUGAAUAAUACAAUGAAUCUCAGAGCAGCCAUAGCAUCCUAGUUUUCUCUACUGAAGUCGACCUCAUUUUAAAGUUCCUUACAACUUGAGAUGAACUCUUCAUGGACCUGCUGGUAUUGUUUGGUUGUUUUUGUUUUAACUUCAUUUUACCGAGUCAGCAAUCAGCAGUGUCUCCUAAAUGAGUGCCUUCAGGGUGUCUUUCUGUCUAUCCCAACGAGCUCAUGUUGACUCUCCCUACUAUAAAUGGUUGGACACUAAGGCAAAGUCUCUUCGAAACUGUUUUCUUAUUCCAAAAGCCACAAGGGGUGUCUAAAAAGAGCAUUUCACUAAGAAAGGCUAAAGCUGCUGGUGUGCCUAAUGUAGCGGCGACUGGUUAGCACAGCCCAGUCUCAUAAUGAGAACUCUGCUGAGCUUCAGUCAUAACGUGUUACGUUAGCAUAUUCGUUCAUGUUGGCAUGUUCAGCAGAAUUGCGCAAAAUGAGCCGACAGCUCCCAUGUGUGCCUGCCCGUUUAGAAUACCUGUGUGGGUGUGGGUGUGUUUGAAACUACUAUUGCUGAGCACUAAUGCUGAAGGACUGAAAUAUUUAAUGGUUUGGGCUUUUCUGAGAACCUUUCAUGAGACAAGACACUAGAAUGAGGGUGUUGGAAUUCAUAUUUAAGGUGUGUUUAAGUAUUUGUUUGUGUUUAUAGUUAAGAUCUUGUUGGUAUAGGGGGGGAUUGAUGAGUAAAUGGGUAGAACACACUGUAAAUCAAAUGGAUAUACUCAAUAUUCCAUAUUUUGCAAUAAAAGACACUGAGAGGCUGA